GGCGCGGAGCAAGGCAGCGGCGGCGGGGCUGGGCCCGGGCCCCCCCCCGACUGGGUACUGGCCCAGGCCCUGAUUCCCUGAAGAGAGAUGAAGAAACCGAGAUUCAGAGAGGUUCAGACACUUGCCCGAGGUCACACAGCUAAUCUCACCUCCCACUCCUCCUGUCUUCCCCCUGCACCAUGGCUCCGGGCCCCUUCUCCUCGGCGCUCCUCUCACUGCCGCCUGCUGCCCUGCCCUUUCUGUUGCUUCUCGGGGCGGGGGCAUCUCGAGGCCAGCCCUGCCCCGGCCGCUGCAUCUGCCAGAAUGUGACGCCCACGCUGACCAUGCUGUGCACCAAGACCGGCUUGCUCUUUGUGCCGCCAGCCAUCGACCGGCACGUGGUGGAGCUGCGGCUCACUGACAACUUCAUUGCGGCCGUCCGCCGCCGAGACUUCACCAACAUGACCAGCCUGGUGCACUUCACCCUCUCCCGGAACACCAUCGGCCAGGUGGCGGCUGGCGCCUUUGCAGACCUCCGCGCCCUCUGCGCCCUGCACCUCGACAGCACCCGCUUGGCGGACAUCCGGGGCGACCAGCUCUGCGGCUUGGGUAACCUCCGCCACCUGAUCCUCAGCAACAACCAGAUCCGCCGGGUGGAGUCGGCCGCCUUCGACGUCUUUCUCUCCACCGUGGAGGACCUGGAUCUGUCCUACAACAACUUGGAGGCCCUGUCGUGGGAGGCCGUCGGCCAGAUGGUGAACCUGAACACCCUCACGCUGGACCACAACCUGAUCGACCACAUCGCCGAAGGUACCUUCGUGCAGCUUCACAAACUGGUUCGCCUGGACAUGACCUCCAACCGCCUGCAUAAACUGCCCCCUGAUGGGCUCUUCCUGAGGUCCCAAGGCCCCAGGCCAAAGCCACCCACGCCGCUCAUGGUCAGCUUCGGCGGCAACCCCCUGCACUGCAACUGCGAGCUGCUCUGGCUGCGGCGGCUGAUGAGGGAGGAUGACCUGGAGACGUGCGCCACCCCUGAGCACCUCACCGACCGCUACUUCUGGUCCAUCCCCGAGGAGGAGUUCCUGUGUGAACCUCCACUGAUCACUCGGCAGGCAGGCGGCCAGGCCCUGGUGGUGGAGGGCCAGGCGGUCAGCCUGCGGUGCCGCGCUGUGGGUGACCCUGAGCCAGUGGUGCAUUGGGUGGCACCUGACGGGCAGUUGCUGGGGAACUCGAGCCGGACCCGGGUCCGGGGGGAUGGGACACUGGAUGUAAGCAUCACCACCUUGCGGGACAGUGGCACGUUCACUUGCAUCGCCUCCAACGCCGCCGGGGAAGCCACGGCACCGGUGGAGGUGUGCGUGGUGCCUCUGCCUCUGAUGGCGCCCCCACCGGCCGCCCCACCACCUCUCACUGAGCCUGGCUCCUCGGACAUCGCCACACCUGGCCGACCUGGUGCCCAUGAAUCUGGGGCUGAGCGCCGGCUUGUGGCUGCCGAGCUCACCUCCAGCUCUGUGCUCAUCCGCUGGCCAGCCCAGAGGCCCGUGCCUGGCAUCCGCAUGUACCAGGUCCAGUACAACAGCUCUGCAGAUGACUCCCUUGUCUACAGGAUGAUCCCAUCCACCAGCCAGACCUUCCUGGUGAAUGAUCUGGCAGUGGGCCGCGCCUACGACUUGUGCGUGCUGGCCAUCUACGACGAUGGGGCCACGGCACUGCCCGCCACCCGAGUGGUGGGCUGUGUGCAGUUUACCACGGCGGGGGAUCCCGCGCCCUGUCGCCCACUGAGGGCCCAUUUCUUGGGCGGCACCAUGAUCAUCGCCAUCGGGGGUGUCAUUGUCGCCUCCGUCCUCGUUUUCAUAGUUCUGCUCAUGAUCCGCUACAAAGUCUACGGCGAUGGGGAUGGCCGCCGAGUCAAGGGCACCUCCAGGUCGCCUCCGCGGGUCAGCCACGUGUACUCUCAGACCAACAGCGCUGGCGCAGGUGCAACGCAAGCCCCGCCCCCGCCGGCGCAAGACCGCUACAAGGGGCUGCGCGAGGUACCAGCUCUGGCUGCUGCGGCGGUGGCCAUUGAGGCAAAGGCCGUGGCUGCCGACACGGCUUCCGCGGAACCGGAGGUGGUCCUUGGACGCUCCCUGGGCGGCUCAGCCACCUCGUUGUGCCUGCUGCCAUCCGAGGAAACCUCCGGGAUGGAGUCCCGGGCCGCGGCGGGCCCUCGGAGGAGCCGUUCUGGGGCCUUGGGACCGCUGGCUUCGGCUCCCCCUACUUUAGCUCUGGUUCCUGGGGAAGCCCCGGCCCGGCCGAGACCGCAGCAGCGCUAUUCGUUUGACGGGGACUACGGGGCGCUCUUCCAGAGCCACAGUUACCCGCGCCACGCCUGGCGGACAAAGCGCUACAGGUCCACGCCGCACCUGGACGGGGCCGGAGGGGGCGCGGCCGGGGAGGACGGAGACCUGGGGCUGGGCUCCGCCAGGGCGCGCCUGGCCUUUACCAGCACCAAGUGGAUGCUGGAGAGUACCGUGUGA